CCCCGUCCAUUUCUAUAUCUGAAUUCCAAACGAGCCUGUUCUCGCAUCGCAUUCUUAUUUUUUUUGCAUAGCCCUCUGCUGAGCUCGUUCCGCGGCCGGCACUGCGAGUCCACGACGGACGACAUGAGCUCGUCGGCGGUGAAGGUCGGGACGUGGGGCGGCGACCGCGGGAGCCCGGUGGACAUCACGGCGGCGCCGCGGCGGCUGGAGAGCAUCUCCCUCCGGUGGGGCAAGGUCAUCGACUGGAUCUCCUUCACCUACCGGGACGGCGACGGCAACCUGCACACCGCCGGGCCCUGGGGCGGCGCCGCGAAAGGCCAGGGCGAGGGCGACGAGAACAUCACCCUGGACGCGUCGGAGUACGUGACGGAGGUCGCCGGGACGAUCGGCCCCAUCGGGGACGCGCCCCACACCAUCUCCUCGCUCAAGUUCGUCACCAACCGCGCCACCUACGGGCCCUUCGGCCGCGGCGCCGGGACGCCAUUCAACGUCCCGCUCGACAACGCCAGCGUCGUCGCCAUGUUCGCCCGCGCGGGGGACUACCUCGACGCCAUCGGCUUCUACGUCCUCCCGCUCUGAUGAAUCCAAGCCGCCGAUCAUGAUUUGAAGAAUGCUGCUGCACUGCAUGUUGUCCCGUUGUCAACUGUUGUUCUGUUAACCACCUGAGUUGGAAUAAAAAUGUCUCUUGACGCUGUUUUACGGCAACUACCA